GUCAAGGUAGCUUGAAUCCGGAUUCCGAUGCAUUCAUCGAACGACGACGAAGAAUGCGUGAUCGCUGUACAUAUCGCUGCUAUGUCAAGUGACGUCAGUGAAGCGAAGAAACUAAAACUUCCAGCAUCUUUUCACAGUUUAUAAGUGCAUUUCUAAAUGUUGCGAACUUCUGGUGCCACUAUGCCGCUUAGAGUUGUCUUGAAGAACUUCCUAAACCACUUCGAGACCUUGGAAGCACGUAAGAAGCUCGGGGACGACCUUUUCGAAGCAGAGUUUCAGAGCUUGAAAGAACUAACAGAAAGCCUGAAGUGCGACCCCAAAUAUGCAAGUACAGAAGGACAGAAAGAUGUUAACAGAAAAAAGAAUCGUUACAAAGACAUUCUGCCAUAUAAUUGCUCACGUGUGGUACUCUCUGAGUACCCUGGUGUUCCAGGCUCUGACUACAUUAAUGCCAACUUGAUAAAGGGUGCAAGUGGGUCCAAGGCAUAUAUUGCAUCACAAGGGCCUCUGCCAACGACAGUCAUGGACUUCUGGAGAAUGAUAUGGGAGUGUGAAGUUCAAGUCAUUGUAAUGGCAUGCAAUGAGAAAGAGUCAGGCAAGUACAAAUGUGAACGUUACUGGCCAAACGAAGGAGAAACAAAGCAGUACGGCAACAUUACAGUUGAAUUGGUGAAGUGGAAACAGGUGUGUCCAGAUUUUGUACUGCGGACAUUGAAGGCGCGCUGUGGCCAAGAAGAGCGCACCAUUUGUCAAUUCCACUACUGGACGUGGCCAGACCAUGGUGUGCCCACAACGGUGGGACCCAUCGUGGACUUGGUGCGCUUAGUGCGGGAUUGCCAGGCCUCUGAAGCACUCCCAGUGCUUGUGCAUUGCAGUGCUGGUUGCGGUAGGACAGGAACUAUUUGUGCCAUCGACUACGUCUGGGGCCUGAUGCGCGUUGGGAGACUGAGCGAUGCUUUUAGCCUGUACCAGAUCAUCAGGGAGAUGCGCAUGCAGAGAAUUGCAAUGGUGCAGACAAAGGAGCAGUAUGUGCUGGUACACAGAGUAGUUGCAGCCCUGUUUGAGCAACAGCUACGUAUCAUAGAUAGCCACACCUAUGAGAACUUAGAUGAAGAUGGAGAACCUCUUCUUGGCAAGGGAAUCCCUACCAAUUCAGAGAAAAUUUAUGAAAACAUUGAUGACCUCGCAUUCGAAAAGAACGACUCUUGUGAUGAAGCUGAAAAUGACGAGAAACACGACGAAGAGAAAGAGGUACCUCCUGCGGUGAAUGAACCAGGAAGCUUGGCGAAUGUGUCGAAAGCAGAAGACAGUGCACCAGGCAACUGGACAGUGCAGCCAGACGAAAUGCAUUCUGCUCACAUUGACCGCGCGAGUCGUUCUUCCUCGUGGAGCCCAGAGCCGAUCUCGAACGAAACUUCAUCCUCCCUCAUGUCACUCUCUGAUCCGCGGAUGAGCUCUCGCAGUUCCAUGAUCACCGACGAUGAAGAUAGUCAGUCCUGCAAAGAAGACCUCGCAAAGGCUACAAGAAACAAGGCAGUCAGCAGCAAGCCAAAAGCAGACGGUGAAAGUAACAGGCCCGAGAGGUUAUCACUGAACAGGGCGCUCAGCCUCUCCACUACCAACAUAGCGUCAACCCUUUGCAUGUCCACUAACCAGGACGAUGAACUGAGUAAGAAAGUCGUGGGAAAGGCUACAGUGAUCCGCAGGCCUAGCAUCGCUCGACUAAAAGCCCUGUUCGAGCGUUCCCUCAGCACGGAUUCGGACGAGCCUGGCGGAGACGCCAGACGAAAGCGCCCAAUCUUCCGCAGUUACAGUCAGAGGGUUACGCCCAACCAGCCCGCAGUUGCACGCACGCCAACGGAGAAACCUGCCACAAAGCAGAAGCCCGUCGUUGCGGAGCGGAAAACCCUGGGCCCAUCCGCACGAAAGGCGAAGGAGUUUCGGGAGCUCGAGAAGAAUCAAAAGUCGUCCUGUCACGGCUCAUCGAAAGCUACUGUCUCUGGAAGCACUGCGUCGACCAGUCAAAAGCACGAGUGGUACGCCCUGGCUGGCGCGCCACCAGCGGAGCCAAUGGGCACGAGGUCCCUGUACAAAUCGUUGAGCAGUUCAAACAUAGCUUCAGCAACGCAUGUCAAGUGUAGCGCACCGAGCCAAGGCAGCUCUUCCGCACAGGCGAGGGACGACACUUGUGUUUCUCACGCUACGGAUCUGCAACCAGAAGUUCCCCCCACUCUCCCGACCAAGAAACGCACAGCGCAAGCCGUAUAUGCCUCAUUGACAUCGCAAGCCAUUGACAGCAGACGGAAAUCCCAAACUUUGCCUGCACCGCCUCGAGUAUUAGAUGACGGCAUGACCGUUGUGCCGCCGAAAACAACCAUUUAUGACUUCCUUCCAGGGAGCAACGGUCGUGUCGAUGCGCCCCCGCGGCUUCCUCCAAAAAAGGUGAGGCCCUCUCAGGGGCUCGUGCCUCAUGUUCCCCUCUCCGCACUGAACAACACGUACGUCAAUGUUUCUGACGUGUUGAUGGCAAGAAGGGAACUCUUGGCGCGACUUCGUGAGGGUCAUCGUCGAUUCAAUGAACAAUAUACGAACGUUGCCGCGGAGGCGAAAGAAAACCGUGAACGUACCGUCGAUCAGCAUAGAGGAAGCAGCAGUAGAGAUCUCGUGUCGAGAAAGUUAUUCGAAGAGCACAAAGUCACGGUCCCAAAGUAUGAGCAGAUCUGGAAUGGGUCACAGUUACAAGCGCCACAGGCAAGCAAAGACAGAAGCAAUAUGGAGCAGUGCUCUGCUUCUAAUGCGGCACGGUGUAAAACGGUCAUCACCGCAUCCGAAAGGGAGAAGUCUGCGACUCUUCCUUCAGCAUUCCGCUCUUCUGAAUGCAGCGUUCAUCACCCAACUCCAACAUUUUCUGCAAACUGGCAGGGUAAUCCAACCUCAGCAUCAGAUUUGGAUACUUCUGACAUCUGCACUACUACCGACGAACAAACGUGCUCUGGGACUGAGUACGACACGAUAUUCGUUGAAUCCAGUGAUACGGGCACCGAUGUCCAGCACGACGAUGACUUCUGGCAUACGAAUGACCAUUUUUCCAAUACUGCACCUCUUUCUAACAGCAUGCUGCAAGCACAGAAACACACGGCACCAUGUCGUAUGGAGGAUAAAAUGAGCCAUCCUCCAUGUAUUCCGGAUACGGAUGUGAAACAGCCUGCUGCAACAAACUCAGUACUUACCAGGCCAUUUCUUCACGGCAGUGUAAAAAUGCAUACUUCUGCCCCGCAAGCAUCGCCUUACGAACACAUAUAUCCGACGUCGCCUCGAAGGCCAACUCCUCACAGUCCCUCAGAGAACCUGCCGUGCCAGCCUCCACCGAAACCGCCACGAACAUUCGAGCACGGGAAGUUUGACGGCGGUCGCCUCAUAGUGUCUGUGGUCUCUCCGAAGAAGCACUCAGCCGACCAAGGAAGGUCUCAGCAGCACUGCGCCUCAUCUUCCGCGUCGAGUUCGGGACAGGGCAACGGCGUGCAGCAGCACGAUUAUGAGAACAUUUACUCGGAAUGGACGGUUCCGUUUACGAGCAAGGAAGUCGAGAGGCAGGUACGCCCGAGCAAGAAGAUCGUCAAACAUCACUCUGAGUACAGGCCUCACGGAAGCAAGCCGCACCUAGAAGCAACUUCGGAAAGAGUGCCCGCGACAGACGCUGGGAAGUCCCUGCAUCACUCGCUGUCGGAUGUCAGCAUCUACGAAGUCUUGCGGGCUUCGCAUCAACAGCAGCAACACCCUGAAGCGGUUGGGUCGGCAGACCCGCAGUACGCGGUUGUCGUGAAGCCGAAGAAACAACUGAGUGUGGCGGUGUGCAAGGAGCAGAAGUCUUCAGAAGGGGGUUCCAGGCCAGCAGCACCGCCCAGAGUUCGUAGACAUGUUGAGAGGCUGGAAGGGCGAGGAACUGGGCCAGACACCUCUGAUGCUUCAGCAUGCAAGGGAAAUGGCAAAGAUACCAACGCCCUGGCAGCCCAUGUAAAAACCUCAGUGAGUUCUACCGCUGGAAAGAAAGCCUCAGGCAAGGACGGCAGCAGUGGCAGUGAUAGUGGAUCAAUCUCUGGCACCCUGAGCAAGGCAUUCGGGAAAUUGAAUCUUUUUUCUAAAAUAAACUCCUCCUCCUCCACCACCUCUGAUGAGUCAAAGAAGAUGGCAUCGCCACCCAAAUUUGUUGUGAAGAAGCCAGCCAUUCCACACAAGCCUCCAACAGUCAUCACCCUCGCGGCAGCUCGAUUUCCAUCCCCGUCGAUCUUGAAGCCUCAUCCACUCAACGUUCAUACGUCCCAGAUUCCUUCCCAGCAAGCUUCACCUCCGAACACAGAACACUGGACUCAAGUGUGACAAAUCUGUCCUUCAAUGUGUGGUUCGGCCCUUGAUUGAACUGCAAGUGAUUUUUAGGUGCUUCAUAUUUGUUAUUUGUUGACACCAUUUAUUUAUAUGUUUUGUUGAUUUAUUACUUCCCGCUAUGUUCCUAAUGACUGCAGUGUGGCACGAGGAAAAUGAGGCACAUUGGUAGAACAGGUCACGGCUCGUUACAUUGCUUCCGUAAGUGUGUAGCACCAAUGGUGAUUCUUUCUUUCUGGGUGUUCCUGCUGUUCCCAUAUUCUACGUUACCGCAUUCCCCAGCGUUUCCUAAUGUCCCAAAGUGUUCAGGGUGGCUUUGGAAUUAGAAGUUUCUAAAGCCCAGUCUCCUGCUGGCUGCAUGGGAAACAUGCAACAAAAUGCAGUCUUGCAACAUAGUGUAGUAGCUACGACAACGAUACCUUACAGGACCAUUGCAGCACUUAAAGGGACUAUCGCAUCUGGAAAGGUGUGUAUGAGGCCGACACGGUAAUGUUGGGCAUGGUUUCACGGACUACUUGGCCAAGUUUCUCUUCCAGAAACAGCGUACUUAUUAAAUUAACGAGUUUUAAAGAAUCACACUUCCUCUGCAGCUGAGCCAGAACGACGUAAGCCGUGGAAACGAAUGGGAGCAGCGCAGGUGAUUGUCUCCGAGGCCGUCGUCUGCUUCGCGUUUGCACCGCAACAUACUAAGUGAAAAGACUUUCGCUUACCACUGUCUACGCCACCUAGAUAGAGAAGGCCUGCUUACUCGUCGAUGUGACGUAACAACUAAUAGUCAGCCAAUCAGGACCGUGUUUUCGACGGCGGCAGCCAAUCACGAGCAUGCUUUCAGCGGUCGUGGCCAUGAAAACGAACCACCAUCGUCUGCGAGUUGUGAUUGAUCGUCCCCGCGUACUAAAUGGGAAAACUUGGGAAUGAAGCGCAAAACGGUCCCAAUCUUUCUCAAAACUGAUUUUCUGGAAAGUGUCUUGCACUUUUUGUCUAAAUACAGUCGCCGACCGAUUUUUCGGACGUGCUCGAUUAUUCGGACUCGUUCGCGGAACGGCCGCGGGUCCCAGAGAGUUGAAGUAUAAGAACGUCCUAAAUUUCGGACGCCGUGCAGCUCCGUCGCUCGAUAUUUCGGACUGUGUUUGCCCAACCCGCGAAUUUCUCUCUUGGGGUGACGGAAAAUAUUGGUAUUAUCCGAAAUUCGUAUCAAAAGAAAUCAACCAACUAAAAUAUUGAAGCAAAAUAAUAGGCAGUGAUGAUUGUUCAUUCUACAUUCCUCUGAGUAGAAGAGGUCUGUCGUAGCGCUUUUGAGUCUUCGUUUUUGGCCAACGGCCCAGCACGUGCUGUCCGCCCGCGAGUCGCGCGACAGCGCUGUAAAGCGAGCUUCACCUAAAGCACGCAUGCGUUAGGAGAAGCCGACUUGAUGACGGCGGUGCCUCUGACAGUGUACAUUGACGAAAUGUCGCUUCGGGAAAUAGAAGCUGAUGUUAUCAGGCAGAGCUGGAAGUGCGUUAGGAAAGCAUCCACAAAUUUUUCCAGCCGACUAGGGCUUAGUAAAGUUUAUUUAAGCGAAAUUCGUUUUUUCGGACUGCUCAAUUAUUCAGACUUUUGCGCGAUCCCCGCCGAGUCCAAAAAAUCGGACGGCGACUGUAUUUAGGUCUGCAGGUUGCAUGUGAGCUACAGUCAUUUGUGGGUUCAUGAAUUCGCAGAACAGUGAAUCGCAGUAGCAGACGAAUUCUGAUUCUUAAUUGAAAGAUGGAGAGGAGGCAAUGCGCACUUAUCUAGGUGGUGUUGGCUGAUACGACCAUGUUCCGUAGAACACUGUGUACGCUCCUGGCUGUACAAACUCGUACGACGGUAUCCCGAAACAGCGUUCCACAAACCGAUCACCUUUCUGCGACCUGCGGACGCCAUCACUCACGCCCAGCGAUCAGACGCCGAGGUCUCUCUGCCGCUCCCUGAUUGGCCUUGUCCGAGUCAAAGGGCGCUCACUGAUUGGCCUAGUCCAAGAGUGACGUUUCCAGAGAGGGAAUUCCGGGAUGCUCUCAACAUCCGUCGCCUGCCCUUGCCAUGCAUUACAUCAAAUUGUACAGAAACAACUCCACACUAAUACGCGCCAAAUUUUCAACGUCAUUGUCGGUGGUGAGAUGGCACUGUGGUUUCGGAAUCGACCGCGACGGAUGCGAUUGUACCUUUAUGUCUCACUGUGCCUAGUUGUGUACUUUGAUCAAGGAAUGGCAGUUGAUGAGUGAGCACUGGCUGUGGGACUUUCAUCCACACCCUCCAACAAUUUCUGGUUUGAGGUGGUACGAGUUACGCCAUGGAAGAACAUGCGAACACGCUAUGGAAAAACAUGCGAACAACGGCGUUUAUCUGCAAGGAACUUUUACCAUGUGCUACAAGUAAUUUUAUCAUAUUUGAAUGGAAAAAAUUCAGUUUCUUGAAUUGCACUCUGAAAUUUGCACAGUUAAUGUAGUGUUUUUUUUUUUUUUCUUAUUCUUUUUUCUUUUUUUUUCUGCCAGUAACAGGAAAUAUAUCUAAGAUUUACCCCAUGCCAUUACAAAAUGCGUUCCCUACUACAGCGGUAAUAGCUUAAAAAUAACAUUGCAAAUGGUCCAUGGUUUCGACUGGUCCUUGAAACCCUUGAAUACCCUGGAAUUUGAAAAUCCCAUUUUCAAGGUCUGGAAAACCUGGAUUUUUUUUUUCUGCAGUCCUUGAAAACCCUUGACUUUGCCUCUUUUUCUUCUUCUCGUGGAGCUGCAUGUGAAAAUUACGCUUUUCCGGAAUCAGAACUGCAGCUUCGAAACCAUGGGAGUUAGCACUCUUUAUUGCAGUAGGAAUCGGCAGCAAGAAAUGAACGGCACCCUCUAUUAUAUGUUUUAUUAUAUAUAUUAUAGUUUUUCUUUCUGUACUAUGAUCUUUAAAAUUGAGUAGUUAAGUCGUGUCUGUGAACUGAUAUUGUGCAGACCCCUCGUACUUUCUCAUGUGGUACCUGUAGUGUAUAAAUAUUUCUGCAAAUUAUUGAAGCCGUGGUCAUAAACUGUGUUUUACAUACCAGACAAAAUGACGUCUGAACCUCAAAAGGUCCUUGAAAAACACUUGAAUUUUUCUUCAAAAAUUCAGUGGGAACCAUGACUGUCAUUUCAAGACACCCAAAUUGUCGGCCAUUGUUAAUUCUCCAUCCAGAAGCGACGUGGGGGCUUCAGUUUCCAUUUCAAUCUCUAGUUAUCACAGUUAUCAGAAACAAGAUUGAGAAAAAAAUGAGAAAAGGCAGGUGACCAUCUUCUCCAGACGCUUCGUACAUUAACUUGGCAUAGAACUGAGCAUGACCGUCAAUUUGAACGUAAAAAAAGAAAGUGAAAAAAGACAGUUUUUUUUUCUCCGCUAUUACUUACCAUCGUAGUAGGGAAUAUAUUUUGUAUUUUUGUACGCUGUAAAUUUCCGAGUUCAGUUCCAAAAAUUGAACUUCCUUCAUUCGAUGAGAUUACUGUAGUGUGUGGCAAAUGUUCUUUAGUCAUUUAAUGUCAUUGAUCGCAUAUUUUUGUAGCAUAUUUUUCUGACUUUUUUUUAUGUGGUUAGCAAAAUGCCUUGUAUGUAAAUGUGAACUGGCAUAACUGGUAGCAUCUCUGUCUGGAAAUUGGAGGAUGUGGAAUUGAAUCUCACUGCUGGUGUUUUUCAUCAAGUCCAUAAGGUCCAUCAGGUCCUUCAUUGAAUGCUUCGCAGCACACUCAUCUCCCAACCUGGGUACGAUGUGUGGAAAAAUUCCACAUUUAAUGUCCACAGUUCAUUUUUAUCAACUUCCCUCUAAAUUAAGCCAUUAAGUGCCAUGACGCGAGUAAUUUUUAAUAUUGUUUGUAGUACAACGUGGGACAACAAUCUCCUCCAGUGGUGAUUUUGCUUCCAAGUUUUCACUAUUACUACUUGUAACGGUCGGUGUGCAGCUGAACCUGUGAACGCCUUAUUAGUAGCAACUUUGACUAUCCACGCAAGAUAAAUUUUGAUUAGGGAGGCAGUGCAUGUUAUCCACCGACGCACGUUACGUAUCGGAGCUUUUCGCCCCGGAGAGCCGUCCGCAGCGUGGUGUCGCACGACCACUAGCCUAUGUGCUUCAACCCAGCCACAUGAAGUGUGCAUGAAUCGUUGCGCAUGCAUCGUUAGAGCCUGAAGUUCCUCGAAUUUGCACCCCGAAUUGAAGGUUCACUGUUUAGGGUGAAACCCGAUUUUUACCCGGCAAAUUCCCCUCACUGGGAUGUCUGUAGGAAUGCACUAACUUACUUGUUUGGCAGCAGAUGCAGUUACAUCACCGUUUGUACCAAACCACUACAGUUGGCUUGAGUAACUGAGCCCGAUUUCUCCCCGAACUUAGCAUACUGGAAGUUUUUUCACCCGAAUUCGCAUGAAUUUAGUGCACACGUUUAUUUAAAAGAUUUUUCACACCCCGAAUUUAGAGAAAAAUAUUUCCUGAAAACUUCAGGCUCUAUGCAUCGUGCCAUGUUCACUGAAAACUGGAUGAUAGCUAGAACAAGUACGUGAACAAAGAACAGAGGCACUGCACACCAAGGUAAUGAAGUGCGUCCACGGGCCUUUGGAUCCCGAUCCAGAGUGCUGGCAUUGUUGAAAAAUCAUGCGAGACAGCUCCGCGAGGCCGACACUGUCGGAUCGGAGUUUGAUGGCUUCAAGGAAACACUGAGCCUGUGAUAGAUUUAAUAAAAAGAGCUCGUAGUCGACAUACGGAAUAUAAUUACAGUGGGCACCAAUGACGAUGUAGAGUUUACAGUUUCUGUCCAGUAUUAACACCAGUAUUUUCAUCUCCGUGGUCCAUGGUAUGCAACAGGACACGUGGAACAUUUUUGGAGUCUGCUGAUCUUUGGAUUAUGCAGUACGGUAGACUAGAGGAACAAAUUUAGAUUAGACACACGUCGAAUGCUUGCCAGUGCUCUGAGGGGGCAUAAAAGUUAGGUCUUAUGUUUGAUGUUGUAAAACAGGGUAAAAUCUGGUGAUAGCGCAUGAACGGGCAAAUUUUUCUUGGGUGGAAAAGAGAGUGUGAAAAGACGGACACAUCGAGGGUGGCGAGAGGCAGCGCGGAUGGUAAAGCACUGUACAAACUGGUCAAUUUGUUCUUCCAGAAAGCUGGGCACGAAAAUUUAUUUGUUUUUCCAAAAUUUUCUUUUCCUGAUUUUUCUUUUUAUAAUCUGGCUUACACUGUAUUUGCUGUUUGCUUUUGUCCCUAUAUGUGGCUCAGUUUAUAAUUUUGCAAGCUCAGUUCUCAUGCUUUAUCUGAAGUGACUGUGAUGCAAAUCUGGCAAGGGGGAUUUAUUGCACUACACAAGGCUCUAGGUUCAUGUCAUGAUUUGGCUCACAUGGUGAAUACUUCUUUCAAGAAAGUGGUGUACACUAACUACCGCAACAACACUGAAUACCCUAUAUAUAUACUAUGUGAUGUACACUAUAUAUAUAUAGGAUAUUGGGGUAUCCAGUUGGUUUGUUGAGUGCGAAGGCUCAUUCUACUACUACAGACUACUGCACUAACACAUAACAUGGCUCGUCCAUGUACACGUACUUACCACUGUACAGUGUGCCCCAUUACCACAAUAUUCUUCCCGAAAAGUGUGAUAUAGGAACAAUAUGUCAUGUGCUUUCCACACUGCAGUGCCUAUGGUGUCGGUAGAACAUAUUGCCUUUGGAAUGCUAUUGUACUUAACGCUAAGUAUUUGCUAGAAAGAUAUUUUAUGAGAGUGCCUCGUAUUGGCAUAUGCUCAACAUAGCUGUUAGUCACUGCCGUGCCACAUUUUUUACCACAGUAUUUUUGGCAGGUGCUGUUGCUGGCCCACAUAGCGUGCAUGAAGACUCUUAUGGAGACUUCACACAGGAUCAAAUUUUUGUGUAAAUGUUUUGUCCUCAUGCCGCCUAAUCACCCGUGAUUGUGUCAGUUUCUGAUUUGUGAUUUUUUUGUGCAUGUCUAUGUGUAUAUCUUUGUGUUUAUUUAUUGCAUCGAAGAGCUUAAUAGUUUUACAUUGGCAUUCGGCAAAGCCCUUUCCUCGAUGCUUUUACAUUAGUUGAUUUAAGCUAAACCCUGGAUGGACUGUUGACAUUUUGUAUCAUGCAAUGAAGUCCAGCAGAGGUCAUCAUAUAUGUGCCACCACAAAAACAUUCUGCUGGAUUGAACUGCUUCAAAACACCGAGACUACUCCAAAAGUCGUAAUUUUUGCGAAGACUGAAUUUUUUAGAAAUUUUGCUAUCUCUUUUUUUUUCUUUAAAAAAAGAAUAAUCGUAAUGACAAACAAAGAAUGCUUCGACAUUGUGUUCCGCAAAAAAAUCACUUCCACAAAAUGAAAGCGGCACACUGUUCUCAAUUUGUUGUAGUGCUCCCACUACUUUAGCGAACAAGAUUAACUAAUUUAAAUACCGUUUUUGCCCGUUUGUCUUCCACCGUUCUAACAAUGACUCUAAGAUCCAUAAAAGCUCCGUUAUGCAACCACACAGCUGUAGAGAUGCAUAGCAAACUUAGUAUCCUUUGCCCCAAAAGCACAUCCAUCAGAGUUACCUUCAAGGCGAUAUAAAUAACAAACCACUGCACAUUGGUUUGACCCCUGAAACGUGCCAAUCAUACAAUUGUGACUGUUCUUGUCCUUGCACAUUGUGCCAGAGAAGGAACUUAGUGCUAUACAACACGUUUCUUCACUCUGCUGUUCAGUUUACAUUUUUGUUUUGGAAUGUAGACAACAUUGUUUUUUUUUAUACAUUUUACCAUUUAAUGUUUUGUAGUUCAGCUGACACGUGCAUACUUAAUGAUCUCGAUUAUGGUGCCAUUCAACUGCACAUUGUCAGUGUAGUGUGCCUUAAGUCAGUACUUUAGUCUAGGAUAUGGAAAGUUCCUGUUUCAGUAGUUGUAGGUGAAGACGGGAAGAACUGUGACAUUUCGUUUUAUCUUGCUAAUCCUCGUAGCUUGGGUGCAACGCGAUAGGUGGUGUGUUAGCAUAGGGUUACUUGAGGAUUACUGGUUUGCUUAAUAUUUUCUGUUCCUUAUUAAUGCCUGCAUAAAGCAUCUGUUCAAUGUCACAUUUGUGUUCCUACAUGCAUAGGAAAGUUCAGAAGAUAAAGUGCAUGGGUUUCAUGAUUUCCUUAUGAAGAAAAUAAAGAAUGUACAGACAUA